AUGGCUGGUAUUCGUAAUUAUUGGAUGAACAUCUUUAUGCUUCCUAUUAGUGCGGUUCAUGAAAUAGACAGACUUUGUCGCAGUUUCCUUUGGGGAGAGAAGAAUAAUCGAAGUAAAUUUCAUUGCUCCUCUUGGUCCCAGGUUUCUCUUCCGAAAGCAAUGGGAGGUCUGGGUUUCAAGGAAGGUUGUCUCUGGAAUAAAGUCCUUUUGGCUAAGUACCUUUGGGCUUUAUCUUCAAAGCAAGAUGUCUUAUGGGUGAAAUGGAUAGAUGGAGUCUAUUUAAAAGGAAAAUCUAUAUGGGAUUACCAUCUGAAAUCAGAUGUUUCUUGGUACUGGCGCAAGAUUUGUUAUUUGAGAGAGUCUUUUUUUCUGGCAAGGAUUUGGAGAUUGCGGCUCCUCAUGAAGGAGCAGGUGGGGUUUGCUAAGGCUGUUUGGAGCAGUAUUACUGUGCCUAGACAUCGAUUUAUUUUGUGGCAAGCGGUUGUUGGGCACCUUCUGACAAGAGAUAAUCUGGCCCGUUUUCAUAUUGAGGUUGGUUCUGUGGCCUGUCCGUGGGUCAUUUGGAAGAACUGGCUGAACGGGAAGCCAAAAUCAGUGAUGCAUCGCAUAUAUUUAUCUUGUUUAGCUGCUUCUGUGUAUCAUAUAUGGUGUAACCGAAACAUGUGUUACUUCUCCCAGGUGUCCUAUACUCCCUAUAGCCUAGUAAAGAUGAUUAAGAGGACUAUUAAGAUUAGAUUACAGGGUAGAUUUAGUCAGAAAGAUUUGAGCAAGAAUUGUAAUCUUUAUGACUUUGUUCAGCUGUUAUAA